GUGAGUCAUUUUCGACUUGGCAGCAGCUAUGACAAUAAGAGUCGCUCCAUGAAGGCUACAUUAAAGAGCAACUGACGACUGCAGUCCUCAUCUCAUUAAAACGGAGGCCCGGGUGGGAGGAGCCAUGAGCGGAGCUCAGGACUGCACAGCUUUGAACUUGUUAUGCAACGAGAACUGCUUUGAAGCGUUCCAAAAGUUUUUUAUUGACUUGGAGUGGAGGGGACAGAGAGAGGGAGGAGAGGAACAAGAGGAAGAAGACAGAGAUAAAGUACAACUAAAACCUUAGACUUCCACAGGAACAGGGGAACAGGUGGGCCAAGCUGAAAUAAACGGUGUCUUGAAGCUGGAGGCAGGGGUCAUGGAUAUCAGGAUGCAACGAGAGGAGGCAUCAGCUCAGGAAGUGUUCAGCUAUGCCCAGAUGUCCACCCUGGAGCGAAACAGCGGGGUAGGAACGCUGAGUCGGCAUCUGGAACGGGAGAGGUUGGAGAGAGACAGCUACACGGUGGAUGUCAGGGCCAGUGACCUGCAGUUGGAUCAGCCUGGGCCAUUACAUCCCUGUUUUAGCUACAGAGUCUGGCUUUACAGCGUUGUUAUAGGGAGCAGCUUGCUGAUAGUGGCAGCUUUCUCCCUCUACAUGGGUAAUGUGUUUCCAGAUGCGAUGGACUACCUGCGUUGUACUGCUGGAUCUAGUAUACCCGCUGCAGUGGUGAGCUUCGCUAUUGCCAAGAACAGACAAGUUGCAGUCUCAGACUUUCAAAUGGUCUAUGUGUCGUCCUUUGCUGUGACAACCACGUGCCUGGUGUGGUUCGGAUGUAAACUCGCCAUUAGCCCCUCAGCCAUCAAUAUUAACUUUAACCUGCUCCUGCUUAUUGUGCUGGAAGUGCUCACAGCCAGUACGGUUAUCCUGUCAGCACGCUCAGCAGACGACUGCUGCAGUCACGGAAAGCCAGUGUCUGAUGGCCCUGUGGUUGUGACCCCAGCUUCAUUCCCCACCCGUCUUCUCAAGGCUUACGCCGUAAUUGAGGUUAUAGUGGGCAUCUCCGCUGUAUUUGGAGGAAUUAUUGCUCUUAAUUUGGGCGCUCUCCUCCCCGAGCCAUAUCUUUCUGUCACUUUCUUCUGGAUUCUGGUAGCUUGUUUUCCCAGUGCCAUUGCCAGCCAUGUGGUGGCAGAAUAUCCCAGCAAGAGUCUGGUGGAAAUGCUGAUUGCUAUAAGCAGUGUGACCUCACCACUGCUUUUCUCAGCUUCAGGUUUCCUGUCCAACAGCGUGAUUAAUUUUAUUGAGAUCUUUCUGCAUGAAGUGCCAUUAGCAAAGCAGUCCUAUGACAUACUGCUGCUUGUCCUGAUGGGACUGCUGCUGGUCCAGGCGGUGUUGACGUUAGCCACCAUAGUAAAAUGUGCUUCCUACAAGAGCCAGCUCCACACGGGAUCUACUGAAUGGGACACGCUACACAAAAAACACUCUGAGCAACAAAUGUUGAAUGGCACACUAAGGGAUUUUGACAGAGAGAAGGCAUGGAAAGCAGUGGUGGUCCAAAUGGCUCAGUGACCAAAGAUACAGGCAUCAGAAGGGAAAAACAGAGAGAACAAAAGUGAAAGUACAAAUAUGGAGGAUGAUAAUGUCAGUUGGAAGAGAAUCAGUUUGUUUUAUGGGUAUGAAACUUACAGUUUUGUCAUAGUUGUCAGCUGACCUGUCAUAUUUAUGAACAGUGCACUGCCGUUCAAAAGUUUGGGGUUGAAAUUAAUACUUUUAUUCAGCAAAGAUGCAUUAAAUUAAUCAAAAGUGAAAGUAUUAAGCAGCACAACUGUUUUCAGCAUAGAUAGUAAUAAGAAAUGUUUCUUGAGCGCUGUAUCAGCAUAUAAGAAUGAUUUCGUUACAGUAAUGCCUGUUGAAAACGUAGCUUUGCCAUCACAGGAAUAACUUACAUUUUAAAAAAUAUAUUAAAUAGAAAACCGUUAUUUUAGAUUGCAAUAACAUUUCACAUAUUGCUGUUUUACUGUAUUUUUAAACAAAUAAAUGCAGCUUUGGUAAGCAUGAGAGUUCUUUAAAAAAUCAUACUGACCCCAGAUUUUUGAACGUUAUGGUGUAUAUCAUAUGUGUCUGUCAAAGAUAUUAUUGAAUGACAAUUUAGUAAGAGAAAGAACCAACAAUGCAAAAUAUGUGUGUCACACAAUCAUUCAAUCAUUAAUAUAGCCUACCAUACCAGUUGAAAUUAGAAUCAUAUGUGAUGAGUGAAUGGCCGAGCACAUUUAUAUGCAAAUAAAUGGUGAACACACCAUGCAUGUACAAUCCACAGCACUUGUAAUGCAUUAUCUAGAAAACACACGUCGAAAGCUGGAAGAGUAGGGGACCUAAUAUAUGAUGCUUUUAAUAACUUUAACACACUUUAAUGGACCAUGUUACUGUUCAGUGCCUUGCUGCGUGCAACUGUUUUUACUUUGUUAGAUUUUAUUUUUGUAUAAAUAUGUGAAUAUUGUGAUGUUAUUGUAGAUCAAUAAAAUUUUAUAGUUUA